AUGUUGUCCGUUGGGGUAUCUUCCCACUGCAAACCUUCCGAGUACCAGCUCCUCGAACUUCCACGGCCGGAGAUCACAGACCCAAAAGAUGUUAUUAUCCAGGUUCAUGCUGCAAGUGUCAACCCCGUAGAUCUGAAGAAAGCGGAAGGAGUUUUCAAGAUCGCGCUUAAAGACUCAUUUCCAUAUAAAAUCGGCUACGACGCUGCUGGAACAGUUGUGGAGAUUGGGACAGAUGUGGCACGAUUUAAGGUUGGCGAUGCCGUUUAUGUUCGAUUGCCAGAGUCUCAUCGAGAGCGCUGCAUCUCUCUGAAGCCAUCUUCGCUGUCCUUCGAGCAAGCGGCUUCUAUACCAUUGGCAGCUACGACGGCAUUCCAAGCCCUGAGAAAGUAUCCCGGCGACCUUUCAGGGAAAACUGUACUUGUGCCGGCUGCCUGCAACAUGGUAGUGGGUGGUACAGGUCUUUUUGCCUGUCAAUUAGCCAAAAAUGUUUUCCACGCAGGGAAAGUGAUCACUACCGUUUCGACUUCAAAGGUUCCUAAAGUACACGAACUUCUAGGAGAAGGAACAGUGGAUGAAAUUAUCGACUACAAAAGGGUCGAUCCGAAAAGUGUCAUUGAACAUGGCUCGGUAAAUUUCCUAUUCGACACCAAUGGUCUCGCUAUGGAGUACCUCUGCCUCAUGCGGCCAGGGAGUGGGUGCAUUAUAUCCAUAUCAACAACACCAUCGGGAACUCAAUUACAAAAUUCCGCAGUUAUGAGACUUCCCCAUCACCCUACUGUUCCAUUGGUUCCCCGGCUUGCGUUAGAUAUGAUGGAUUCUAUCCGCAAGCUUCGUGCAAGACGUUACGGAGUCAGCUAUUCUUACAUGUUCCUAGAACCCAGUGGUGAAGACUUGGACAUAUUAAGGGGGUACGUUGAGGAGGGUAGACUAAAAACAGUAGUUGGAACUACUGCCAAUAUGCGGGAUAUUGAAGAGGUUCGAAAGGCAUGCCAGGUUGUAUACAGCAAUCAGGGUGGUCUUGGGAAGGUGAUUAUCGUUGUCGACAAGGCAGGAAAUGGCGACGUUUAG